UCUCACUUGCCAUUUAAAUUCACUGUAACGUUUAACAUAUUUUAAAAAUAAUUUAGUGAACAAUUUAAAUACAACAUCAGAAUCUGUUAUACACUUGUUAACGUUUGAAAAGGAUAUUUCAUUAAUGAUCACCUCACGAAUUCAUUUCUCCGUGUCGAAAGUGCUGCUGUAUAAUCACAGGGUCUCAUGAACGUGGAAGGGACGAGAUAUGCCUCUUUUCUUUAAACCUUUGAAAGUUACUUUUCACUGCGGUGAUGUUUCGUUUGCCAGAAGUUUUCAGUCUGUCCUUUCUUCUGGCUGUGAAAUAGUGAAGUCUAGACUAGUGUUAGUAUGUCACUGUACAGACCCCUGGUGUGUUUACUCAAGCGCGGAACAGCAGUGAAGGUCGGCAGGACAGUCACCACCUGGUCACCAAGCUCAACUCCAUGGAGGGCUUUGAGGUGGUCCAGGACAGAGCCCUGCAGGAGACAGAGCAGCUGGUGGAGAAAGCCUGCCGCUGCCCACCUGGAGUCAAAACAGUGGAGAUAUUUGAUAAACUCUCAGACAGCCUGUGCAGAGUGGCAGACCUGGCUCAAUACUAAUGUUGAACUGUGUAAGAGUUUGAAGGACUUGUUGGAUAAUGAAGAGAUUGUGGGCAAACUGGACCAAGAGACAAGAAGAGUAGCUGAACUGUUCAUGUUUGACUUUGAGAUAAUUGGGAUCCAUCUGGAUAAAAAAAAAGAGGAAAGAAGCUGUGAAUUUAAGUGUUAAGCUCUUGGGUCUCAGCAAUCAGUUUCUCAUGGGCUGUCACAUGCCAAACAGAAUAGAGAAGAACGCUCUUCCUAAACACAUUCACCAACACUUCACCAAAGAGGGAAAGUACAUUCAGAUUGGAGGCCUGCACGCUGAUGCGCCUGAUGAUCUGGUAAGGAAAGUUGCAUAUAAAAUCUUCCUCUACCCCAAUGCAAAUCUGAUGCACAUACUUGAGAAACUGCUGACCUGUAGAGAUAAACUGGCUCGAUUGGUUGGUUAUGAAUCUUAUGCACACAGAGCAUUAAAGGGAACCAUGGCCAAAAGCCCAGAAGCAGUCCUGAACUUCUUACAGCUUCUCACAGACAAACUCUUCGACAGGGCAGAUAAGAAUUUUAAAAUGAUGAGGGACAUGAAGAUGAAACUCAACCCCAGAAGCCCACUGUUUGGUGUAUCGCUUCUGGCCGAGCAGCCCAGAGUGGGGGAGGUGUGGAGCGAAGAUGUCCGCAAGCUGGCUGUGGUGCAUGAAACAGAGGGGUUGCUGGGAUACAUCUACUGUGACUUCUUCUACAGACUAGACAAACCUCACCAGGACUGCCAUUUCACCAUCCGUGGUGGGAGGCGGUUGGAUGAUUGUCAGUAUCAGCUGCCAUUGGUGGUUCUGAUGCUGAACCUGCCCCACCCCACUCGAUCCACUCCCACACUGCUCAGCCCGGGCAUGAUGGAAAACCUCUUCCACGAGAUGGGCCAUGCCAUGCACUCCAUGCUGGGACGCACGCAUUACCAACACGUGACGGGUACACGCUGUGCCACUGAUUUUGCAGAGGUGCCAUCUAUUUUAAUGGAAUAUUUUGCUGCAGAUUUUCGCGUGAUUAACCAGUUUGCUCGGUAUUACCAGACAGGGCAGCCUUUGCCGCAGAGCAUGGUGGCCCGUCUCUGUGAGUCCAAGAAGGUCUGUGGUGCCGUUGACACUCAACUUCAGGGAAACUGGAGAGCGGUACCGCAGAGAGAUGCUGGCACAUGGGGGAGCGAAUGAGCCAAUGCUGAUGGUUGAAGGCAUGUUGCAGAAAAGACCCUCCACUGAGGACUUUGUCAACGCUCUUGUGUCUGACCUCGACCCUGACUUUGAAACUUUCAUCAUGGACUCAGAAGGCUGAACUGCAACAGUUUAAGUAGAAAAACCAGUGAUUUCGCAGAUGUGCAC